CCAUCCGACAAAGCCACAUAUUAUCUGCGUGGGUAAAGGAAAAAAAAAACGAAUUAAAAAUAAGUUGCAGUCUUAAACUCCCAGUGCCUACCAGAUGGGGAUCAUUAGUUCUUUGUCUACAAUCAUUGCUUGCUAACAAACAAAUAAUAAAAAGGAUGGCUAUCAAUGAAGAAGUUGAAAAGACAGUAAGCAAACACCCAUCUUAAAAAAAAAUGCUCUAAGCGAUAUAUUUUGGGACCGGGUACAAGGAUACAUUAUGCUUCUGGAACCAAUUGCUAACACAAUUACCUCUGUAGAAGGUGACACACCAACGAUUUCAAAAUGUCUGCAUUUAUUUAAAAAAAUGGUUAACACCUCAUUAGAAAAUGUCACUAAAAGUCCAUUGUUAUCCAAAGAGGAAGCAGAUACAAGGGCAAUUUUUGAAAAUCGGAAGAAGUUUGCUAUUUAUAGUGUUCAUUUUGUAGCUAACCUUUUGGAUCCAAAAUAUCGUGGCUGCGAACUUAGCUCAGAUGAGAUGACUGAUGCGACAGAAGUCAUAUACAAGGUAGCACAGAAGAUGCCAGAUGUCGAUGAAGCAGCCGUCUUAGCUGACGUUGUCAAUUUUAUUGCAAAAGAAGGACUAUUCAAAAAGGCUUUUCUAUGGAAUGAGGACACAAUUGCAGCUAUCCUAGCUUCACAGUCAAUCCUGCAUUAGAAUCUGAACCGGAACCAAUGAUAAUAUCCAAUUCAGAUCAGUCGGAGUCUGUCUUUGAAAGUGAUGAAGAGGAAGCUUCAGAGUCUGAAGAAAAUGCAGAUAGCGACGGGACGGAUCAGUGUUCAUUUAAGGGAUUCGGUUAAUUAAUUGAACCUUUUCAAUCAUUAAGACGUUGUUUUUUUUAUUUGAUAAAUUUUUAUUACUUAUUUUUGCUUUGAUUUUGCAAGUUAACGAAUAAACUCUUCUUAUU